AUGACGAAGCGUACUAAGAAGGUCGGCGUAACCGGCAAGUACGGUACUAGAUAUGGUGCCUCGCUCCGAAAGCAGGUGAAGAAGAUGGAGAUUACACAGCACGCCAAGUACCAAUGUACCUUCUGUGGCAAGACUACCGUUCGUCGACACUCUGUUGGUAUCUGGAACUGCCGAGCAUGCGGCAAGACCGUAGCAGGCGGUGCUUACACUGUCGCCACCCCCGCCGCGGCUGCCAUGCGAUCAACGCUGCGCAGAUUGAGAGAAAUCCAGGAGGUUUAA